AUAAUUUGUUUUGUGUAAUUAACAAACUCCCGUUUUUUAGAGCAUACGGAAGUAUCAAAAUAAUUUACACUGGAGCUGGCAGUAACAAAGCUCCAUCAACAUACCCAAUAAAAAAAUCGAAAAAAAAGGAAGCAGCUACUAAACUUUAAAUAAAAAAUUGAUAGCGCCACUUUUACACAACUUAACAUACCUAAAAGAAUUUAGAUCUACCACUGUUCAGGCUAACAUGCUUCUAGUAUGAAGUCACGACCUUGCCACAUAUGAAGUUCCUGCCAGAACUGUUGGAGUAGCAAUCUUCCAGUAUGCCUGAAAAGUUUAUAAGAUCAAAAGCACAAACCAGGGAGGACUUUCAAAGAGUUCCUCCUCUACACAGUCAGUCGUUAGACUUGUCCUCACUGACAGAGCAGGAGGAGAGGAUCAUCCAGGCUGUCAUACAGAAAGAUGAGCUUGAACGCAGCAUCCUUGAUGCUAAGAUCAGUGAAGUGAGGAAAGAAAUUCAAGAACUUCGGAAAGCAGGGGCCCUGACCUCUGGGGACAACCAAAAUGCAAUAUGUGCCCGGUGCAAAUACAAAUUCCCCUCAUUCAUCAUGCCCCUGGCUGACCACGGCCAGCGCUGUGUCAGCUGCAAGUUCAGGGUUUGCAAGAAGUGCAGCUCCAGGGAACCCAGUGGAAUGUGGCUGUGUGUCUUGUGCUUAAAGUACAGACAAGAAAAGCUACUGACUGGAGAGUGGAUGUCUAAGGGGGAGUCUAUUGGCCUGCAGGGUUCUGAUCUGCUCAGGGUCUCACUACGUGACAGAAACCCAAGCAGCCACCGUAAGCUUCCAGUGGUAACAAAGAAAGCAGACGUGGUGCUUGCAGUAAAAAAGAAUAAGGUUUCAGAAACUGUCAAACUUUUCCAGCAGCGCCGUGACUCGUACACCCAUGCUGUGGAAAACCAGAGAGCUACGGUAGCCGCGCCUAAAGGUAACCCAGAUAAGAGAGCGGCUGUAUCAGCUCGCCAUGGAGGCGCCACAGACAUGCAUGACCACACAGUAGCUAGCUCUCUAGAACAAACCAAGCACCUUACUCACCAGUCUCCUGUCUCUACUAAAGCAUGUAGCUAUGAAGAUUUAACAAACACAUCUUUACCCAGCUUUAAAACUACCCCUGGAGGAGCAAGUAAUGUUCCCCAAGUUCUACCAGAAAAAUUCAGAUUUAAAAGAAAAUUGAGUGAGGACCAGAGAAAGUUGUCCAGCAGUUCUAGUGAUGUAUUGUCCAGCUUUGAUCAGCCAACCAGUUCAGUGGCAGCCGAGGAUGGCGCCCCCACUCCAUCAAGGCCUGACAGAAAGUCAGACGGACUAGGUAAGCCAACAUAUGCUUUGACUAACACAAGCAGCCCAGUAGCUGAUGAGGACAAACAGAGAAAGCAACUCCCCAGCACUGGUGACAGUUUUGAAAAAUUGUAUGACCAAAAUGUCAACAGACUGGUUGAGCUGAUGAGCACAUCUGGAGACCACUCUGGUAAAAAGUCAAAGAGAGAGCUGCCCCAGACUCCCCCUAAUGGUAAGAGCAAAGAGUUUUUGCUGCAGAAAUCCUUGUCCCUGUCUGAUGAAGUGGCAGCUAGUCUAGUCUACGUCAGUUUUGAUACUGAUGACUAUCACUGUGCUACGUUGGAUCACAAAAAUAAUAAAAUGGUAUCACCACAUACAAGAAAUCAAGGCAAAAAGGCACCACAGGGCUCAGCAGACAGAAAAGAUCAUACUCCUUCUCACAAACAGCCACAAGAAGAACAGCUUGUUCUGAUUACCACUCAGGUAGCUAAGAAUGAAACAGUUGCUAAAAAAGAUAAAGCUCCUGUAGUUCAGGAUAAAAAUGUCAAUACUAAAUUGGAAGACACAACCAUUAAAGUAGAUAGUAAAUUAGUAGCAUUGAAGCCGGAGCAACCUUCAGCUGUAGAGAGUCUAGUUGAGAACCUGGCCAAACGGAAGUGGUUGGAUCAGUCAGAUAAAGCUAGUGCCAACCUGUGUCGGAGCUCUUCAAAUGUUUCAGACACAUUCAGUAGUGUCACAGAGAUUUCUGAGCAGUGGGGGGAGGCUGACUCACUGCCUUAUGACAGUGACAGCACGAUGCAUGAGAAGGUUUUUGAUGACAGCUUUGUGGUUGAUGAAGAGGACUGUGUCAAAAAGCCUGGGGUAGAUGUUUACAAAAGUGAAUUUAAAAAAAAUAAUGGCCAUGGUUGUGGAGUUGAGCUUGAUGCUUCAGAGCACGAGUCUUAUCAGAGCAGUGCUGAAAGUUCAGCUGAUUCUACACAAAACACCACACAACUUUUUUUAGCUCACCAUGCACCGGAGUCUGGGAAUCCAGAAGGAUAUGCCAGUGACAAGGACAGUUCAGUCGACAGUCAGUUGUCUGCCUUGGAAUCUGACCAAGGUUUUCUAAAUUUAGAUUUGUUAAAUGCCUCAAAAGAAAUAACAGAGUCUGGAAGUGAAAAUACAGUUUCUGGCCAGGUGAAAGAAAAAAAAGUCAAGCCAAAUAAGAAUGAGAGCAAACUUAAACUUAAUGUCCACUUGUUUGGCAAGAGGAAAUUGGAAAGAAAAAAGAAAGAAACUGAGAACACUGAGAAAAACGAAAACCUGAGGAGGAAAGAGAAAAAUGUGUUGGGAGGGAAUUAUCUUCCCUCUGAUCACACAGCGUCACAUAGAAACACAGAUGAUAACUCAGAAAGUUAUAAGACAGAGGCCAAGGUCACUUUACUGUCUCUAGCUCUGAGAAGAAAACUUGAAGAGGAACAGAAUUUACAUGACCUGGAGCUGAGCUCAAACUUACCUGAAGCCACACUUGACCUGGAUAGCUGCACAUCAUCACAUUCCUCAGUUUGUGACGACAGUGCUAUGAGAAGUGACAGUGAUGAGUUGGUUAGAGACAGUGACAGCAGUGUCACCAGCAAUAACACCAGCAAGUCCAACACACCAGACCCUCGACUGCUACAGCAGCAGCGAAAUCAUGCUGACCAACAGCGUAGUCGCACCGAGCAGCAGAAGACUGCACCGGAGCAGCCCAAAGUCAAACCUGAGCAGCAGAAGACAGUGCAGGAGCAGCCUAAGGCCAGGUCUGAGCAGCAGAAAGCAGGGCAGGAGUCACAGAAGAGCACAGAACAGCAAAAAGUGAGGCUAAAAAGUCUGGCAGAACAACAGCUACAGGUGCCAGCUAUAGCAGUCACACAGUCUGGGGAUGAGCAGAGGGAGGAAGAUGAUGAUUUGGAUGAGUUAUUUGGCAACCAUCGUCCACAAUUGUUAGGCAGUCGUAGCAGUUUGGCUGACAGCCGUGAGAGCAUAUACAGCGUGUACAGUGAUGCAGGGGAGGUGAACUAUGGGAAGAUACCUGUCACUGGUGAUAUUUUCUUUAACCUCAACUACAAUGUUAAAUCAAGUGCUUUGGAGAUCCACAUCAAACAAUGUAGAAACUUGGCACCCGUUGAUACUAAACAUGGCCGAUCAGACCCGUACAUAAAAACAUACCUUCUUCCUGAUAAAACUCGAAGCAGCAAACGGAAAACCAAAAUAAAAAAACACACAUUGAAUCCAACUUUUGAUGAGGUUUUGAAGUAUUCAAUAACCCCAGCGGAGCUAGAAUCUCGUACUUUAUGGGUCACAGUGUGGCACAAUGAUAGGUUUGGUCGCAAUGAUUUUCUAGGAGAGGUCACCAUACCUUUAGAUUAUUACAGAUUUGAUGAGAAUGCACCACGAUGGUAUCCUCUACAGGAACGGUCAAUGAGUCAAGAAUCUGAGUCGCCCGUGCUGGCCUAUAAAGGUGAUCUCUUCAUUUCACUCAAGUACAUCCCAGCUGACAUGGUAGACAACGCCCCAAAGAAGAAGUCUGGCUCAUUUCGCAAGAAGAGCAAGGAGAAAGAGAAGCCAAAGGCUGGUUUGGGGGAGGUACAUGUCCUGGUGAGGGAAGCUCAGAAUCUCACAGCUAUGAGGGCAAAUGCAGGAUCCAAUCCUUUUUGUAAAGGAUACCUGCUGCCUGACGUGUCACGCUCCAGCAAACAGAAGACACCUGUGAUCAAGAAGACGACCAACCCACAGUGGAAUCACAUUCUGGUGUUUGAAGGGGUCGACCAGUCACAGCUUCAGCAGCAUGGGCUGGAGUUGACUGUGUGGGACCAUGAGAAGUUGUCCAGUAAUGAUUUCUUGGGGGGAGUCAGGCUCAACUUGGGGCAAGGAACUCACCAGGGUAAACCUGUGGACUGGAUGGAUGCUAAAGGUGAAGAGAUUGAAGCCUGGCAGAGUAUGUUGGAGCGCCCCAAUGAGUGGAUUGAUGCACAGCUGCCACUUCGCGCCAGCAUGGGAAAACAGAAUGUGAAGAAAUAGUCAGGA